AUGGCCUUCUCCUCCAAGGUCAACGGGCACGCCAGCUCUUCCUACCGGCCUGUCGUGACGCUUGGCAGUAUCAACCCGCACAUACGCAACGUCGAGUACGCCGUGCGCGGAGAGCUGUCGAACCGCGCCAAUGAAUAUGCCGAGGCGCUCGCCUCCCCCUCCUCAUCGCCAACCAAUAAGCUUCCAUUCAACUCGAUCGUAUCAGCGAACAUUGGCAACCCGCAACAGCAGCCGAACCUGGCGCAGCAGCCGCUGACAUUCUGGAGGCAGGUCGCUGCGCUGACGGAGCUACCGUCACUCAUGGACGACGAGGCGGUGCGCGCCGCGCGCAUCUUCCCUGCCGACGCAAUCGCGCGCGCCCGCGAGAUCCUCAACGAUGUCGGCAGCGUCGGCGCGUAUAGUCACUCAAAAGGCGCCAGCAGCAUACGCAAGCACGUUGCACAGUUCAUUCAACAGCGCGACUCCUCUGCACCCCGCGCCGUGCGCGACGCCGCAGCGUACUCGGCGGACCCCGAGCACAUCUUCCUCACCACCGGCGCAUCCGGCGGCGUGCAGCUGUUGAUGCAAGUCCUUAUCGCUAGCCCAAGCGUCGGCAUCGCGAUCCCCAUCCCCCAAUACCCUCUUUACAGCGCGACACUGAGCCUGUACAACGCCAAGACCGUGCGCUAUGAGCUGAACCCGUCGGAUGACUGGUCGCUCGACGUCGACGCUCUGAGCGCAUCAAUCCAAGCCGCGCGCAGAGAUGGCACCGACGUCCGCGCCGUCGUCGUCAUCAAUCCGGGCAACCCAACGGGCCAGUGCCUCAGCGAGGCCAACAUCGCCGAUCUCGUGCGCUUCGCGCAUGCGCAGCGCCUUGUCCUGUUCGCCGACGAGGUGUACCAGGCGAACAUCUAUACGUCAGCACGCCCCUUUGUCAGCUUCAAAAAGGUCCUCCGCGACUUUUCGCAACUUGAAUCGCAAGGUGGCAAAGCAAAGACGGACGAGGAGAGGCGCAUCGCGGACGAGGUCGAGCUCGUGUCGUUCCACUCGAUCAGCAAGGGCUUCACUGGCGAGUGCGGCCGGCGAGGCGGUUACUUUGAACUGGUCAACUUUGACCCGGACGUGCUCGGUGAGGUGUACAAGAUGGCUUCUGUCAGCCUUUGCCCGUCGAUCCAGGGACAGAUCGGCAUCGACCUGCUCGUCAAGCCACCUGCGCCUGGCGAGCCUUCAUACGAGCUGUACCAGCGCGAGUCGCAGUUCAUCCUCGAGACGCUCAAGGAGCGCAGCACAAAGAUGCACAAGGCCUUCAAUCAGCUCGAGGGAGUCUCCGCCAACGAGGCCCAAGGCGCGCUCUAUCUCUUCCCCGCCGUCCGCCUGCCGCCCAAGGCGGUACAAGCGGCGCAGAAGGAGGGCAAGAAGGUGGACGAGUUCUACUGCCUCGCUAUGCUCGACGCUACCGGAAUCUGCGUCGUACCUGGGUCCGGCUUCGGAAAGAUGCCCCACGAGCGCAACGACGGCGGCGUCGACAUGUUCUUCCGCACAACCAUCCUGGCGAAAGAGACCGAUGCGUUCAUCGAGCGGUACGAGCGCUUCCACAAGGAGUUCCUCGACAAGUAUCGGUCAUGA